CCCACACUAUCAAAGUAGCGGAAAAUUUCAAUGCAAGAAAAACGAAAACAGCCAUCAUCUUAUGCAAAGAAAAAUCCGAUUUUACGUUUAGUCAGCCAGCAAAGCCAGAGAGGUUUAGUUUAGAGAAAGGUCUAGUGCAGUGGGAGCAGUAGCCGCCGAUAUCGCCUUUAUUGGGAUCAAAAGUGGAAAUAGGAAUCCACAAAAGGAAUUUCGUCCCAUCCCGUCACCGUGCAAAGCGCAAAGUGUUGAUUUUCCGGUUCAUUUGUUGGGAAAUAAUCCGGCCGUAUCCGCGAGUGCGUCUCUUCGUAGUGAUUGGUCAUCGAAAUUUGUGCGGAAUUUGCGUGAAUCGAAACGCCCUCAGGUUUAUAUGCCAUAUCAUGUGGCAAAACUAGGAAGAGAAGGAAGCAAUCAGCAGAAAGCGUAUAAGUUGUGUGACUUGUGCUAAUCAUAUCUACAAUAGUAUUCAGCUAGGGUGUGGAAAGCAGGAAAAAGAUUGCCUGCUGCCGAAAUUGUUGAGCGACUGAGCGGAGAAGCCUGACUUACCUACGACGUCCGAUUUAAGAAAGUGAUUUAAGAAAAAAGAGAGUGAAGAGCAGCCCAGCAAAGCGAGAAGCAAAGGAAAUAUUUCUGAACCAAGCGGAGCAGAAAAUCAGAAGCAGUUCCGUUCAAUUCCGAGCGCGCCGAAAGUCGACUAAGACGACAACGACGAAGUGGUUCAAAAUGGUUAUCAAAGUGUAUAUCAGUGGAAUGUCCGGCAGCAAGGAGGUGAAAAAGCGCCAGCAGCGAGUUUCGAUGAUCCUGGACAGCAAACACAUCUCCUACACGAUCGUCGACAUCACCGAGCCCGGCCAGGAAGCGGAAAAGGACUUUAUGCAGAAAAACUCAGAGCACAACGGAGCGACGAUCAGUGACCAAAACCCGCGCCAUCCGCUGCCCCCGCAGAUGUUCAACGAUGCGGAGUACUGCGGGGACUACGACGACUUCGACCUGGCAAACGAGGUGGACAACCUGGAAGUGUUCCUCAAGAUCGAAGCCCCGAAACCGGCCAGCGAGGUGAGCGAAGCACAGCAAAAGAAUGGCACUGGAGAUGCCGAACAGGACCAGGUGACAGCGGCGACGGCGGAGGCGUCCGCGGAAGACGACGAUAACAAAGAAAAUAAGACUGAAGAGGGAGCGAACGAGCACACCAACACUACAACACCUGAACAGAAGACUAACGAUGAAACCAUAGCUAACGAAGAGCUAGAUGAUGUUGGAAAACAGCAGGAUAGCGAAACUGGCGUUGAUGCAGAGAAGACGCGAGAAACGGAGGAUAACCAUAACUCGGAUCUCUCGGUUACGGCGGAAGAGACUGCUGAUACUAGUUGCAGCGAUCAAGCAGUACCCGUUGACAAAAACGAAGAAGAAGACGAGGGAGACUCCCGAGAGAUAAACAAAGAAGUUAUGAUGGUUGAUGAGGAGCUACCAGUUCAGAAAUUUGAUGAAUCCGUGCUAUCGCAACCAAUCGAAGAGAUUGAACAGGUCGAGAUUACUCCUGAAGUUGAAAAAUUCGGAGAAGAGAAUGAUCCUUCUCACCAAGAAAUUUCACAAGAAGGUACUUGUGAUGAUCAAGAACAGACUGACAAUCAAAUAACAAAACAAACAAAUAACGAAAAUGAACAAAUGCCAACAGCAAUAAGUACUGGUUCUAGAGAGAGGUCUGAAGAGCCGAUGAUUAUUGACGAAGACAUUAGAAAGUCGGAGGAAGUGAAUAAUGAAAUCAUGCAUAACAUCAAAGAAGAUACGGUGGUCAAACCAGAAGAGGAAAUCAUUGAAACUGAACAGCCAUCAUACGAAGGUGAAGAAGCGUCGAAAGAUGAAGCAACAGAACCACAAGUGAAAGUGGAAAGCGCCAAAGAUCCUCCACCGGAGAACGACGAAAUUGAAAACAAUACACCAGAGUUUGAAGUUGGUGACGACGAAGAGGAAGAGGAAGACGAUAGUGACAGCGACGAGCCUGUAUCGGUGAUGGAGGUAACCAAAGAAACUAAAGAAGAUGAAACGGAAUCGCAAGCAGUUGUCCCUCUAGCAGGGGAUGAUACGGAUUACGAAACAAUCGCUGCAAAGGAAAUUUCAAGUGAUAUUCACCAUGACGACGACGAUGUGGCCGAGCAGAGGGAACUCCUGGAGACGGUAGAUGCAAUGGGAGAACGAGAGGACGCCGAUGAGAACGUUGACCAGCAGACCACCGAGGAGGACGUGGAAAUUGCUGAUGAGGAUGAUGUUUCCGGAAAACUAGGGGACACCGACGAACAUAUGUCAGUGGAACAAGAACAGGAGGAAUAAAACUUUUCCAAUAAAAUGACGUCAUCCAAAAUCUCGUAUCGGUUCAAUCUCCAUUUUUCUAAGAUAAUGGGUAAUAAACUGUUCAAGAAAUCUAGUUUGACCAUCAUUAACUUUAUUUGACGAAUAAAUAUAUUAAUACAUAACUAAUUUCGCAUUCAGAUCCUCUCAUCACCAUUAGGUCAAUACCUUAUAAGAAAAACAUAGAUUAAGUGGAGCAUUGAUAAGACCUAAUUAAAAUAAAGUUUUUCAAUAGAAAAGGUUCUAGUUCUACGUUUUAUGAGACCCUCUCUGGUUGGCUAAUGGAAUAAAUGAUGUACAAGCUUCGAAAAAAAGCGAACGAAGCGGCUGACUCACCACUCUACAUAUUUAGGUUUUAAAUGCUGAAACGAUAAUUUUCGUAAAUCUGUCAAUUUUUUUACAACGUAGGGAACUGGCCAAACACAAAUUGAAUUAUUUUAUUCUGGUG